AUGUCUCACGCCAUGCCAUACACCGUUCACGAGGGGGAAUUCGUGCUGGUCCCCGGGCGCCUGCUACCAAUUGCCACCCCGGAACUGCUGCGCAUCGGCUCGCCCAGCCUCGUCACCUCCCUCCCCAAGCUCCUUCACAAAUGGCACCAACCCCACAGUGUCUUAAGUGUGGCUGCAGCGCCUAGUCGCAAGCUCCUCUUUUGCGGGACUCAGGACUCCAGAAUAUUGGUCUACGACACCGUCACCUUCCAGCUAAAAUGCGAGCUCUUGGUUGAAAACGCCCUGAUCCUCUGUCUCGAUAUCAGUGACGACGAGCAGCUUUUGUUUAGCGCCGGCAGCGACUCGCUCGUCAAAGUAUGGGACAUUGACUCGCUCGAAGUGCGCUACAUCAUCUACUCAUUGGCGGAUAUCGGCGACAUCUUCUCCAUCAAAUGGUGUGGGCAACUGUCCACCAUCUACAUCGGCGCUCAGAACGCGUCCCUCCUCUGGACUCAGCUUCCGUUGGGCAAAAUUGGCGCCGCCGGUUGUCACUCGAUGGUGGACAAGCUCCCCAAUUAUCGCUACGACAAGUUCUUCGACUCCAAAGGCCCUGGCGGCCUGUUCAACGUGUUGCAGCUGAAACAGUUUCUUCAGCGCAAGAACAGCUCGGGGAAAAAGUGCCCCGCUCUCGUCGAAGUCGACCACCAAAUCCGCUUCGCCCACAACGGUUACAUCUACUGCAUGGAAUUCCACGAUAACAAGCUUAUCACCUGUGGUGGUGAUGGUCUCGUCAAUGUCUGGGAUCCCAAAACCAUGAAACGCGUCACCAGCUUGGAAAACAACGAGCUGAUCUUGUCGAUGUCGAUCCUGGGGCUGUACCUUUACGUCGGUCUCAGCGACUCCACCAUCAACGUGUGGGACUUACUGACUCAACAACAGAUUCGCAAGAUGUCGUUUGAAUCCGAAGAAGUGCUGAGUCUCGCUGUCUACGAAGACUCCUUGUUCAAAGGUCUGAGUGAAGGCUUGGUGAUGUUGUCUACAAACAGCUAUUCGCCAGCAGCUACUGUUCUCAACUUGAGUAAUCACAACUCUGUUCUUACAGUGGAAAUAUUCCAUGAUGACUCUCGCACGUACUUGGUGAGUGGAGGUUCGACAACAUGUCUUUGGGAUAUUACCUUGAUGACCCGUGUUCCAGUCCAAUUCCAGGAAGGGCUCACCAAUGACCACAUGCUCAAACUGUUGGAAUUUAUGGUCCUGUGUAAAACGGUGUCGAAGUUCCCUGAACUCUAUUUGGAAGAGUCACGCAAAUGUGCUCGCUACUUGUCAAAGCUUUUGGCGAGACUCGGCGCAUAUCAGACAAAGCUUUUACCCGUGGCCAACGGAAAUCCCAUUGUUCACUCAUGUUUCAAGGCUUCGGCGGACGUCAAGGAUCCUCCGAGAGUGAUCUGGUAUGGUCAUUAUGACGUUGUUGAUGUUGCCAACGAUUGGGAGACCGAUCCUUACGAAAUGGUAAGUAAAGAUGGUUGCAUUUAUGGCAGAGGCAUCAGUGACAACAAAGGUCCUGUCCUAGCUGCGAUUUAUGCAGUGGCCGAACUCGCAUCGGAAGGAAAACUUGAGUGUGAUGUUGUGUUUUUGAUUGAGGGCGAAGAGGAAUCGGGUCUGAUUGGGUUUCAAGAAGUCAUCACGAAAAACAAAGAUAACAUAGGACCCAUCGAUUGGGUGAUGCUUCUGAAUUCCUAUUGGUUGGAUGAUGAGAUUCCUUGUCUCAACUAUGGUUUGCGUGGGAUCAUAAAUGCACUGGUUACCGUGAAAUCCUUGAAACCCGAUCGUCAUUCUGGUGUUGAUGGUGGGGUCUCUCGUGAACCUACCAUGGAUUUGAUCCAAGUUCUCAGCCAGCUCGUGGAUCCACUGACACAAAAGAUCAACAUCCCCGAAUUUUAUGACUCGAUUCUUCCCCUCACCGAUAAGGAAAUGCAAUUAUACACCAAGAUAGAGCAAUCUGGCAUUGUCGAUCAAAAGUUGGAUACCCUUUUUGCCAAGUGGCGGAACCCUUCGCUCACCGUACACAACAUUCAGGUUUCCGGGCCGAAUAACAAUACAGUCAUCCCACAAUCAGCCACGGCAAUGGUAUCGAUUCGUAUCGUGCCGUCGCAGGAGCUCGAAGAAAUCAAACGCAACUUCGAAGCAUUGUUAUGCAAACAAUUUGAUGCGUUAAAACUGGAAAAUCUGUUCUCGGUGGACAUUUAUUAUACUGCUGAGCCUUGGUUGGGUGAUCCUUUCAAUCACGUAUACCAAGUUCUCGGCGAGAAAAUUGAGUUGCAUUGGGGCACCAAGCCCUUAUUUAUUCGUGAAGGUGGCUCUAUCCCCUCCAUCAGAUUCUUGGAAAAGUGCUUUGGAGCUCCCGCUGCACAAAUUCCAUGUGGUCAAUCAUCGGAUAACGCCCACUUGAAAAACGAAAAACUACGCCUUAUCAAUUUAUUCAAGCUUAGAAGUAUUCUCAAGGAUACCUUUAGUGAGUUGAAGCGUAACCCAUAG